AAGUAAGCGGCAUAUUCGAACAGGCCGCAUCACUUACGAUUUUCUACUAAUUUCUCUCAAAUAACCGACGUAAGGUGUAAAAAAGGACAUUUCUUCUUGUUUACGCUUUAUGUUGAUGUUAUGUUAUUCUGAGCUAUGAAGUGAUGUGUUGUUGUCACUUUCAUUCACCAUUUUACUAUUCUGUCUCAGACAUGUCUUCAAUUAAAAGGAAUCUUCCAUGAGAAUUAAUUGUUUCUGCCGUUUGCUUCAUAUAACCAUCACAACCAGUUUCAUACCUUAAAAAGCUUCCAAUUCUCUCCUCAGAAAUAUUCAUCCAUUUUUAAUUACAAAACUUGGAGUCAUCUAAAUCCAUCUGUUAGUUUGGAGCCAUUUACGAAAAAAUCUGCAACUUGUGGUCAUUUAGAAAAAAAAUGUCUCCGGAGAAUAUGGAUAAUAUUUGCACUCAAGAUAAACUUGUUUCGACACAAAAAGUUAGUAAAGCAGCUCGUCGUCGUGAAAAACGAGCUGCUCUUCAACAUGCUCAACAGACAGCUGCUUUAAUGAAUAUACAAACAGAUAGAUCUAAUAGUCUUCGAUCUGUUGAAAUGAAAAAGUUAGAAAAAGAACUUUCAGCCCGUCACCUAUGUUUAUUUGAAGUUCCUUCAGAUGGAGAUUGCCUUUAUCAGUCAAUUGGGCAUCAAUUAAAAAUUCGGAAUUAUCCAUUACACACAUUAAUAGGAAAGAUUGAAAUGUCUAAUCCAGAAAUUCUUAAUGAUAUUACUACCGAUCUGACAAUGAAACAAGUAGUGAAAAUUUUGCGUCAUCUUGCAUCGUAUCACAUUCGCAAAAAUAUGGAUGAUUUCCUACCAUUUUUGUUCAACCCAGAUUCUGGAGAACCAAUGAGUAUAGCUAAUUUUGAACAAUAUUGUGACAAUAUAGAAAAAACAUCAACGUGGGGUGGACAAAUUGAAAUCCGUGCCUUAUCUACAAUGCUUCAACUUCCUAUUGAAAUAUUACAAGCUGAAGGAGUCCCAUUAAUUAUUGGAGAAGAGUUUUCUGAAGAGCCACCAAUCACUAUUGUAUACCACCGUUACGCGUUCGCGCUCGGUGAACACUACAAUUCCUGUUUAAAGAAGCACGAAUUUCAAUGAUGAUUCUUAAGAGAAGAAUGAUAAAGGACUUCUAUGUAAAUAAUAAUUACUCAACCAUUGCGUAUAUUAUAACUGUGCUAAUAUUAUUAUUUGGUCAAGAUUAGCAUUCGUUUUUCAAAGAGAAAGAGACUCUAAAAUGUAAUAUAGUUCCAUUGGGGUUCAAAAUUUAUUUUAUUCAGUAAUAACUCUACUGGAAUAAAAUACAACACUGCGGAUUUCACUAUAUUUUGUAAAUGUUCUAAUUUUCGUUGAAAUUUGAGGAGCAUUUCAUUUGUUUUGUAUAUUUCUUGUAAACAAUUUUAUUAUUUUAUAUAUUUGUGCUGCGACAAUUUACUAUUGUUACCAUAUUAGGUUGGGGAGGCUUUCAAGUCACUAGAUGGUGUAGCUUUAAUGUACUACUAUGUAUCUCUAGGCAAUUGUACUCUCCCAGUUAACUGUAAAUUAGGAUUAAGGCUAGCAGUUAGUAAACAAAUAGACUCAAUAUGUCCAUUUUAACAUUAUUCUACAACUAGAUGCAAGAGAUAAAAUGGUUGGUCAAGGUUAAUUGCUCGCUCGAAUGUUAGUUUGGAAGUAAUGUCUCACUAUGUUCAUCAAUUCGCAUUGAUUAAUAUUUGAAAUCGAAUUACUACGAAUUGGGACUCUAUUAAACAGAUUAACCUAUAGCCAGUAUAGUGACGAUGCAAACGAAUAUCACACUGAAUUAGUUCGCAGCUUACUGUAGAAACCUAGUUAAUAGUGUCAUGGAAAUACGGAAGUCGCUACCAAGGAAGAAGAACAAUUGAUCUGUGCAGUUAAGCGCUUUAAACCACCCCACUAAGAAGACCCCUCAUAUUCGUAUUACACUGCGGCGUGGUAUAAAAGAUAGAUGUGUGCAACUAGAAUUUGCUUGUCACUCACGGCUCAUUAGUCGAAGUCCAUGAGAUUUAUAUUCUCGUCGCUUAUAUCUGAAAAAACAAGGAACCACUGCAAUCAUCACCACGCGAAAUAACAACAACAAUACUGAUACAAAUAUAGAUUUGUUUGCUCCACUAGAUGACGACUCUAGUUGAAAGUACACCCAUUUCGAUUACUAAUUAGUAUGAAAUCACACAUGAAAAAUACCCAGAGAUAUGACAAAUCACAUUCUGCUUGUCAUGCUGAGCAUGGUUCACGUUAAUUUGAUACAAGAAUAUCCUACCUGGAAUAGAUUAGUGCCAUGCCGAAUGAAAUAUUGUUCAUUGACAUAACUCAGUUCAAAUAUACAGGAAGUUGGUUGAUGGUUGCCAUUUUUGCUUUGUAACUCACAAAUUGCACGAAACAUUGUGAGCUCAUGGUGCGAAAUGGGUAAAUAUAAGUACAAACUAAACAGAAUAUACCCUAGCAGUACUUUCUUAAGCAGGUACAGUCACUAAGUACGACAACACCAACUACAGGUCACUGGGCGAUUAGAACUUUGAGAAUUAGAUACUUCACAGAAAGACAUCCCAAGAAAUGUAUGGACAGUGUUCUGUCCCAG